AUGUCAAAUUAAAAUAUAGAAACUAUCAUAUAAGAGCUCAACCUUAAUUGUCUGAGAGAGAUGAUUUAAAGAGAAAUUAGUUAAGAAAGAUUGAAUAGUAAACUUGAAAACAAAUAGCAGGAGUUCUUUGAGGAUAUUAAUCAUUAUACAGAGCAAAAUGAAAAACGCAACAAAAGUUUCAUUAUAGAGAGCUAGAGAGAUAGAUAAUAUAUGAUGGAGACAAGAAGCCCAAAUUUCGCUAUGCAGAACUAAUCCAGUAAUCAAAUAAAUUACACUCAUGAAUCAAAUUAGAGACCUCAGAAUACCUACAGAGAGAUGAAUAAGUUUUAGAUCCAAUCAAGUAGAAAUACUCACAGGGGUGAAAGAUUGGGCAAGUAUCCAACAGCUGAGGAAUACUCAAGCCAGUAAUACUUAUUAGAAAAUGAAAAUGGAAGGACUAUAGGUGAAGUCAGUCAUCACUAGAGAUACAGAUAGAGCAGCUAGGAAGAAGAUAAACAAAAGAUUGGUUAUUAGUAAAAAUUAAGACAUGAAAGGCAAACGAGUCAGCCUGAUGAGCGAAUGAAAUAAAAGCCUCAAUUUGACUACUAAUACAGAACAGAAGAUCAAAGAGAUAAUCAAUUUCAUAGAAAUAGAGGAAAGAGAAAUCAAGAUAAUAAUCUCCAAUUAAAAAAUGCCUGUUCUUUUAACAAAGAAAGUACACCGAAGCAGGUCAGCAAUGCAAAUAACCCAUUUUCAGGUUAAAAAGACAGUCUGAGUCAAAUUGGGGGUAUAAGUGCCAUCAGAUAAACUCAUAAUGGGAUGAGCGGGAUUUAAGAAACAAGUAUUUCAGGUUAUAAUGAAAAUGGCAUUUCUUUCCUCAAUCUACUUGAUAGAUCAACUUAGCAGGACUAAAGGUCUUAAGCUUUCAUUGAGGACUAGUAGCAUUAACCAAUGCUUUUCAAUCAGCUUUCAAGCGCUUAAUAACUGACUUAUAACUAACCUCUUCCUCCUCAGAAUACGUUUCAUCAUCAAGUUGAAUAGUAGAAAUUCAACGGCACCCCUACAAGAGGAGUCAACCUCUAUUCUAAUUUCUUCACCUCUUAAAACCAAUAUCCUUCCUUUAAUAACAGUAUUUUACACAAUAACAAUAAUGGGUAGUUUAAUCAAUAUAACAAUCAAACCAUCAACAAUAGUUAAAUAAAAAACAAGCAAAACUAUCAUAGUCUUUUAAGUCAAAGCAACUUCCAAGAUUUCUCACAGCAAUAGUAGUCUCAAAAUGUCAACACCUUUCAAACUAUGAACCCUGCUUCACCCGAUAUAGGCCUCUCUGUAGAUGAGAGUAUCACACCUACAUCUUCUAUUAACAUUCUUAAAUAAGAACUAUAUCAAUCAAAAAAAUAAUUGGUUGAUGCCUAGAAUUCCUAUGAUUUUAUGAAGAAAGAAAAGUUACGUAUAGAGCAUGAGAAAAAUUUAUUAGAUAUAUAGGUUAAGCAACUAGAGGAGAUACAUAAUAACAGAGCAAUUGAAUCAGACUAGAGCAUUAAAAGAAUUAAGGAAUUAGAAGUGCAAUUGGAGGAAUUUCAAAAGUAAAACAGCGAGAUGAGCAGACAGAUUAAGAACAAAGAUCAUCAGUAUAAGGAUAAGUUGAUCAAGAUCAAUAAAGAUUUGGAGUAAAUUGAUAAACGUAAGCAUAGAAGCAAAGAAAAAUUGUACUCUAUCUUUAUGCAAAUGAAAGUAUCAGCUUAAAAUGUCCAAUAGAUCUGUGAAUUUGAACUCAAGAAUCAUCAGCUUACUGAAUUCUUAAAAGAUAUAGAGGAACGCUGCAGUCUAAUGGAGCAUUUAUUGAUCUAAAAUCUACAUCCAUAAAGAGAUGAGACAUUACAGGUUAAAGCUUACCGUCGCAAGCAUAAUUUUGAAAAGUUCCGCAAAGAAACCUAAGACCUUAUAAAUAAGUACUUUCACAACAUCACCCAAUCAAAUUAGACUUAAAACUCACUGCUUCAGUAAGACUUGGAAAAGGAAAGACUAAGGAAUAAAGACUUACAUUAAAGAUUGGUGGACAAUAAAGAGCAAGUGAAUACACUUUAAGAUAAACUCAGACAGCUUCAAAGCUAGCUUAACAAGGUAAUUGAGAAGUACUCAAAAUAGAAAGAUAAUAUGAUGACUUUAAAUCAAAAUGAAAUUAAGAUGCUGAUUUAGGAAAAUGAAAUGCUGAAGAAAAGAGAAAGAUAAUAAGAUGAAGAAUUGCAGUACUAUAAGGAGUAAUUCAAAAGACUAAAGGAGAAAUAUAAUACUAUCACUGAAACUGCCUAUAAAAGAGGAAGAAGUUAACAGUCAUCUGCUAAGGAUACAAAACAGAUCAUAUUCAAUAACAAAGAGUUUAUUAGAGUGGUAGAAGAUAAGACUAUUUUAGAAAGGCAAGUAGAUGAAUAUAAAUCAACAGUGCUAAACCAAACACAGCUCAUUAAAAACCUUUAGCACAUCAUUCAAAAACAGCAGUUGAAGAUUGAUGAGUAAAAGCUGAACUACCAUCUUAAUGACACACUAAGUCAAAGUAUGAAAAAUAGUAUCUAUAUAACAACUGAGGAUGAAUUAAAGGACAAAGAUACUCAAGAAGACUAUCUCUAUUAGAAAGAUCGAAAAGGCUUAAUUAAAACACCAGUCAAUGAUAAAAAUUAAGAAUGCGGAUAUAGAUAUGAGUAGCCAAGAGUAAAAUAGAAUCUAAAUUAGUCAUAUGCUUGUUGCAGUGGUAAUAAAAAUGACUAUUCAUAAAACCACAACCAAAAACUGAAUAAGUCAUAUGAAACUCACUAGUAAAACUAUAAAAAAUCAUCAUCAUUCUACGACAAAGAAAACAGUGAUCCUUCGACACACAUCCCAAGCACUAAAAUCAGAUAAAUAGGUCUUAAGAAUAUAAUAGCUGAGAAGUAUAAGAAUUUAGAGAAUAAAGGAAUAGAAGACUAUGAGCGAAGUCAUAGUAAUAAGUAUAGCUCUUCAAAGCAAUAAUAGAACCAUUAGACACAGUUUGAUAGCUUUCAAAAGUAAUAAAUAUAGCAUCUCAACUUCAGAGGAUUGAGUUAGAAUUUCAAUGAGUCUUGUGAACCAAAUGAGUUAAGUUAUGGGAGUGCUGGUGGUUAUAAAAAUGGAAGGCAUGGAAAUAGUAGACUAAUUUAAGAAAUAAAUCAGAUAUAAGGAGAGAUUCAAGAAAUAUAGCAUACUUUAGAGCAUGCCUGA